AUGAAACCCACCUGGUGGCCCGGCGAGCAGCAUGAAGCCUUCACGGAAUGGGCUCUGUCGCAAGGUGUCAUUGCCAACGGUGUCAGUCCCGCACGAUUCCCAGGUAGAGGCCUAGGCAUGAUCGCCACGCGGCGCAUAGAAAAAGACGAGGCAAUCGUAACAGUGCCCCACGAAGCAAUGCUCACCCCCUCACGCAUUCCGUCCUCUUUCUCCAGCAGACUCCCCGAAGGCACCCCGACGCACGCACUGUACGCCGCCUAUCUCACCAACGGCGACAGCGCCGACCUCGAGCCCUACGACCUCUGGCGACGCACCUGGCCCACCCGCGCAGACUUCGAAGCAUGCAUGCCAAUCCUCUGGACUGAAGCGCCACCGCACGAGGAACUCCUCCCGCCCUCGAUCUCCGGCCAAUGGAGCACGAUCCCCCCGCAACGCUGCGCCCACGACUACGAAACCACCCACCAGAACCUCCUCGCACAGCAACAACAACGUCUGCGCCGGGACUGGGACAUUGUCAUUUCCGCAUUUCCAAACACGGAGUGGGAGCGGUUCUCAUAUCACUGGCUGAUCGUCAACACGAGGAGCUUUUACUAUCUGCUGCCCGGCCAGGAGGCGCCGGAGGAUCGGAACGAUGCGAUGGCCCUGCUGCCUUUUGCGGACUACUUCAAUCACUCGGAUGUAGCGUGUAAUGUCAAAUUCGAUGGGCAAAAUUAUGUCUUUCGGGCUGCUAAGGAGUAUGAUGAAGGCGAGGAGAUCUAUAUGAGUUACGGUCCUCAUCCGAAUGAUUUUCUGUUUACCGAAUAUGGGUUCUACCUGGAGGAGAACGAAUCUGAAACAUUAUAUCUCGAUACCAUUAUAUUCAAGGAUGUUGACCCCGCGUUGCAAGAGGAACUCGAGUUCCAUCAGUACCUGGGAAACUACCAAUUGACUGCCAGUGGCGUCUGCUAUCGGACUGAGAUAGCCGCUUCCAUGACGUAUAUGACGCUCAAGGACUGGCAGAAUCAUGUCCUCGGCUACUCGAUGAAAGGGGUGGACGAAGAGAAGUCGGCAAGCGUGAUCCGGAACUGGAUCAACACGUAUAUCGGUGAGGCAGACACGACGAUCCGCCAUCUGGAGAGUCUUCCAUCCGCCGGAGACGACCAGUUGCGGCCAGAAAUGGCCCAGAUGCUCCUCACACGGUGGAAACAGAUUAGACACAUCUGCCUUAGAGCUCUAGAUGCGAUUCCCUGCUAAAAUGUAGAUACAUAACUGAAAGGGUAUAUGGUACAUUGACUGGGGCCUGGGACUUCGUCCGGUCUAUUCGGAAUUUUUGAAAUCUUCGGAGUUUUUCCGGAACGCGGGGAACAUUCGAGGAGUUUGAGCGGUGGGAACAUCGAUGGGGAUGGCGGAGGCUUCCCUCUGCUUGAUCUCAUAUGAUUUUCCGAGAAUCAAAUGCUUGAUCAUGUAAUUCAUCGCAGGACUAAGACCAAGCUCUUCGCCCCUUCGCACGAUGUAGCCGUUCAGGUAUUCGAUCUCAGUUGUCCUGCG